AGAAAGAAAGAAGAUAGGUGAGCAACUGAGAAAGGCUUGGGGAAGAGGCAGCCGCAACUGCAUCAAUCAAAAUUCUUCUUUAACAAAUCCAGACACAAACAGUUCCAUUUCCACUCCUCAACCCCUUCAAUCACGCCUGCUGCUUAUUUCAAUCCCUUUUAACUUAUACUAUACAUAUCUUAACACAUAUAUAUUUACAAAGAAUUGCAGAUUACUUAUAUUUACGGUUGGAAGAAAUGUCGAAUCGAUUCGCUAGCCAGAACAGGACCGAUUACAAAAAUUCCGCAAAAACCCAGAUGAAAUUUAUUCCGAAGAGGGAUUUCCAGAACCCCAAUUCUCAGCAAACCCUUUCUAACUCCCUACGGGCAGCCACAAACACCGUUAGCGGCGGUGGAGGAGAUGCCGCGGCGGCCUCGACGAGCAGAAUCAGGAUGGGGGAAAAUGGCGAAUGGGUAAAUAAAAAGUCCCCUGGUGGCAAUUUUGUAAUUUACUUGCCGCAGGAUGAAGCGGUGGCGGCUGGGCUCGGACCCGAGGAGGGGGGCCUGGAUCCUGUGGAGGCGCAGCGCAUUGUUGAUUUGUUAAAUAGGGAGUUGUCUCGGUUGCUGAAGUUGCAUCCUAGAGAUUUCUGGCGAGAAGUGUCUGCCGAUGAAUCAUUGAACGCCUUCCUUGAAAGUUUUUUGAAAUUUAGAAGUAGGUGGUAUGAUUUCCCGCACCAUGGAGCCCAAGGAAUGGUUGCUGGAGUGAUUGUUGGUGAGUUUGAGCUGUGCCGGCGUGUCUUCAUGGUCUUCUAUCGCUUAUCAUCCAACCGGGAUCCUGGGGCUAAGGCUGCUGACACUCUGAGUCCAAAAGAUCAUGCAGCCCUUUUGCAGGAGAAGAAGUUGCUUGAUUUGCCAAAACUGUUAGGUAUAUGCGCCAUAUACAGUCAUGAAAAUGAAGAUCUGACCCGAAUACUGGUGACAAACGCAAUGAAGGCGCAGCCCCAUAUCCAGGAUGAAUUUCCCGUUCUACUGUCUCACUUCUUAAGCAUCAUUCAGACUAUGUAUCAACGGUGCAGCUCAAGUUUAGAGGUUCUGUUUAGUUCAGGUGGUCACCAAGACCCAGGUUCCAGUCGCCUUCAUUAUGACUACCUUGAGGUUAUGGACUUCAUAAAUGACUCAGUUGUAACAUUGGACUCAUUUGUUAAUGCAUACAAACAUGCUGCUGUCCACUUCUCUUCCCCAGUUGAAUCAAGUUAUGGGAAUGAAGAAUUAGUCACUACCCUCGCAAGGCUACAUGACUCACUUCUGCCGUCUUUGCAGAGGGGCUUUAAUAUUAUACUGGGAACAGUUGAAGAUAGAAACAAGGAAACAUCAAGUGAUUUACUUUCAAAUGUUUUUACUAGUCUGAAGAUGAUAUCAACAAGAAUAGCAAAACUUGGAUGGAAGUUACUUUAUUUCUGCUAUCUCAGUGAUGAGGCAUUCCAGACUAGUUACUCUCUUCCAAUUUCAAUGAAGAUGUUUCCACCAAAUGUAGAGGAUCCUGUCGUGAGGGCUGACAUUCUAAUACAAACAAUUAGAGAUCUGACUGGUCACCACACGCAUGCACCUGCGUCCCGAACUUGGGGAACAUUUAUCCAGAACAUCGAGAAGAAUCACAAUAUAAUGAGUAGAAUUGAGUUAUUGCAGAAAACAGGUUGGUUAUCAAUGGAUGAUGAACAAUUCCGGUUUAUUUCUGGGAUCAUGAUGAAUCCACCGCAGGCUGACGUCGAAAAGAAAAACUCAACUUCAUUCGCAGUGGCUGGCAAGAAAAUGCAGACAGAUGAAGAUGCAGCUAUUAUAGAGUCAAAAAUCAGUCAAAUAAGGGAACUCUUUCCGGAAUAUGGUAAAGGGUUCUUAGUAGCUUGUCUGGAGGCCUAUAACCAUGAUGCAGAAGAGGUAAUUCAGAGAAUUCUUGAGGGAACUCUUCAUGAAGAACUGCAGUCUCUUGACAUUACAUUGGAAACUAUCCCACCUUCAAAGUCUGCUUCAUCCAUGAGCAGGCAUGACAAGGGUAAGGGGAAACUUGUAGAGUCAGAAAUAACCCCUCCAGAAAUUGUAGUUCCCACCACCGUGAACAUUCAAGCUGGAGUUUCUUCAGGGUCAUCCUCUUCUUCAGCUGGAAGGUUCGUACGCAAGAACACAGGCGACUUGUCUGAUUUGCAGACCCUAAAUGCCAAGAAAGAAAAGGAAUUGGCAAAAACAGCGGCUCUUAUAUCACAACUUGAGUAUGAGGACGAGUAUGAUGAUUCUUUUGAUGAUCUGGGUCUAAGUGUGGGCGAUUCAGGGCUUGAUGAGCCUGAGUCUCUUGGCGAUAAAAUGGGUUCGCAAAGGGGAAGAGGGGUAGAGACUGAUGGUGGAAGCUCAACUUCAAAUGCUGACACUCAGAAAUGGAACUCACGUAAGAAGCCCCAAUUUUAUGUCAAGGAUGGUAAAAAUUACAGCUACAAAGUUGAGGGUUCUGUUGCUGUGACCAGUUCUGCUGAAGCAAAGUUGGUCAACCAAGCACAGAAGGAACUUAUCCAUGGCCUUGGACGUGGUGGCAAUAUUCCUUUGGGUGCAGUUAAGAGGCUAACUGAAUCAAAAGAGGAUCAGCAAAAUGAUGGGCCGAAUAUGAAUGAGGUCGGUGGAAGAGGAGGACAAGGAGCUACGAGGGGUAGAGGAAGAAGAGGUUUUCUUCCAGGCACUCCUAGAAGGGUUCCAGGAUCAAAUGACAAGCAAGAUGAUGAGCAAGGUACUGAUGAAGGCGGAGGAAGGGGCGGCCGAGGAAACACCAGGGGCCGUGGGAGGAGAGGUAACUAUAGGAAAGACAGAGCAAUGAGUAAACACCUUUCUGGGCUGCCCAGUCAUUACAACACAUGAACACCUCUUAGCGACAACUUGCCAAAAGUGGAUUCAUGAUUGACCUUUUGUUGAUAACAUAAGCCAAACUCUACAACUCGUUAUUAAUCAAGAGAACGAAGGAAGCAAAUUCUUUGUACUUCAUAAGGGUUUUCGGUGAUAAUAACACUAACAUGAUCCUGUAUAAUA